AUGGACGCUCCAGAAUGGCGCAUCAAGCUCACUCAAGCUGUCGCGCAAAAAUGGCUCAACAAGCUCACUAAUGUUAUCGCGCAAAAGUGGCGCAUCAAGUUUACUAAAGCUGUUGCGCAAAAGCGAGACAUAGAGCUGCAGAAACUUGUGCAUGAGAGGAAGAUCAGGGGCCGCAACGACGAAAGUGACCUCCAGGCGGUACUUGGUAAAGCCAUAAGCAUUGGUUACGAGACUGGUGUUAGACUGCUGAUCGAAGCUGGUGCCAGAAUCGAUGGCGUCGGCAGCAAAGGUCCACUGCACAGUGCUAUUGCCAAUACAAAUGACAAAACCAGGAAUGCCAUAAUCAAUCUGCUUCUCAAUCACGGAUGCGAACUCGAAGCCAAAGAUGCCGCUGGGAGGACGCCACUCAUCUACGCUUGUCUACACGGGCACAAUGAUGUUAUCAUUACCCUGCUUGAUCGUGGAGCCGAUCCGAACAUCGAAGACCAAGCCGGCAAGAAUGCGCUGCAAGUUAUGGCCUCAGAGUCGAAGCGGAAGACGGAAUGGAGCACCCAGGCCUUGUCGAAACUUCUCCCCAAAAUCAAAGACCUCAACAAAAGAGAUAGCGAAGGUCGAGAAGGUCGGACGCCUCUUCUUUGGGCUGCCGCAAGAGGCCAACUGGCCUUGGUCGGAGCAUUGCUGCAAAUGAGCAAGGGUGUGGUCGACGUGAACCAGACAAACGAUCAGGGGCAUUCGGCCCUGCACCUGGCGGCAAGGCAUGGCGAACCUGCAAUGAUCAAACUGCUCAUCUUUUCUGGCGCCAAGAUUGAAGCAAGAGGUGACGGUGGCUGGACACCUCUACUUUGGGCUGCCAAAAAAGGGCACGAGAAUGCUAUUGAUGCCUUGCUAACCUCCAAUGCCAACGUCAAUGCUCGAACGUCGGCCGGGAUGACUUCCCUCCAUUGGGCUGCGGAAAGUGGGAAGCUGGGUGCCGUCAAGCGCAUCUUGAGGGAGCGACAUGUCCAUAAGAACAGCAAAGACAGCUUUGACAGCACUCCUCUCAUCCGUGCAGCCCAGAAUGGUCAUUGGGACGUUGUGAACGCCCUUCGACCUUAUGUGCUCGAAGAGCCCACCAACCGUAUUGCCAAGAAGGCUUGCCAGCGGUUCCGGGCUGCAGUGGUCAAUUUUUUCGAGGAUAAAGAUUCCCACAGCGGUGUCAAGAACAAGGUCAACAAGCACACCGUGCAUCAGAUUCUCUACGCUCGGGCCGACAAGGAUCCAGAGAAGUUUGCUAUCCCAAUCGUCUUGGAAAACAAGGGGACGAAAAAGCCGCUUUUUCGCUGGAUCCAUCUGCCUGCAAACAACAUCUCGUGGCUCGAGGCUCUGCUUACAAAAUGGUAUCUGGAGGUAGACCGCAGAGAUGUAACGAUGUUGAAGACUCUUAUUCGAAUACUUGGGAGACAGCAACAUCGGGGCGCCGAGGUCCAUUCACGAUUUAUGCGGCCGACCUGUAAGCGCUUAUGGUUACCGCCGAGACGAGCAUCUGUACCAUUACAUGCAGCGUCGUCCAGAUCUUCCGAGCCCACAGCGUUGCACCCGGCCCAGGAAGAAGAAGAGGUGGUGGUCUUAAUGAUGCCUUAUCUGCAUUGGGAGACUGACAGAAAUCGAGCCGCACUGACUCAGACGCUGCGAGAGCCGGUGGACAGUACGCAUGCCCUGGACGACACAGAAUUGUCAAAGGUCGCCAAGGACAGACUUCUCAUCCACGGCUACGUGGGAGAAUCAACGGAUCUCCAUCCUCGUCGGACGCUAGAUCAAUUCAAACAUCACAGCACGAGGACAGAUCAUCAAGACACGGACCAAGUUGUGUAUCGAUUUUGUAAGAAAAAGAGGAAAAAGCUCAAGGUCUUCAUGGUCGACCAAUUGUGGCUCAUCGCCUUUGACAAUCUUCUUAUUUCCUGCUUUCCAGAGCGAUGGCGGCAACCGCACAGGGAUCCUCUCAACCUCUUUGAGGGUGUUGUCGAGGAUAUCAACUCCACUACCCGUCCUCCCGUCAGAAAUGUCUUUGAGCUUGCGACCGUUAUCACCGAGCGAUGUACGGGCCUCUUUGACCGACAAUACUGGGACAACGGUGAUCGGCGUGAUAAUAAUGAAACGCUGGAUGGCGACGAUCUAUUGUUCGCUGAGAUGUUUGAACUCAGCAUUGGACGGCUGACUAGGAAAGAGACCAAGCUCUUUCGAUGCUUUAGAGAAGCAUCUUCUCACUGGCUCAGAGGACAUGAUCGUGGCGACAUCCCUUUUGACUCUCAACAGGACACGCAAAGGGAUGACUACUCCUCGGGAUGGUCAUCUGAUGAGCACCAAGAUGCCGGCGACACAGUGAGUGGCAGCAUGGAUUCGUGGCACAAUCGUCAUCAGGCGUCUGACUCCUUCGUUAACGAUCUUUUGAACAUCGAUAAAGAGGCUGCCCUGCUGGUGGAAUGCAAGGACGUCGAAGACGAACUGGACAUUCUCACGAGCGUGCUUCGACAGCAAAGGCAAGUCCUGAGCGACCUGGAGGCAACGCUCCGAGCGUGCAGGAAGAUAUCCCAGCCUGACCAGUUCGACCUCUACAAAGUCAGCGAGCAGCAACGACUGGUCGAUCUGAACAUUUUGGAUCUCGAUCGCAUGGCACGGCAAGCCAAAAGUGUCAAUGAUAAUUUGACCCAAGUCUUGGACCUCAAGCAGAAGCAUGCUAAUGCCGUGGAAGCGAGGGCUCAGCGCAAGCAGGCCGAGGAGGCGGCAAGACAGGGGCAGACGAUCAUGGUAUUCACCGUUGUUACAAUCAUUUUCCUCCCGCUCAGCUUUCUCGCCAGCUUUUUUGCGAUCGAUAUCAUCGAGUUUCCCCGUCCCCCAGGGACCGGGACUGGAGAGCUGCAUCUGGGUUGGGUGCUCCAGUAUGUCAUCGGUAUAGGAAUAGCUGUCAGUCUGCCAUUGAUCGGAGUGGCCUUUGUCCUUGGAGACAUUCGGACUUGGUGGGUCAACAGAAAGCUCGGAAAGUAUCACAGAAGGACACGCAAGGAUGGCAGGGCACACAGAAGCCACACGGGCGAUGCUUCGGGUGGCAUUGUCGAGAAAAGCAGCAGAGCCAACUGGACCAGUAGGUUACCUGGAAGGCGCAAACGACAUGAGCCCUGGCGCUACAAAGAGCCUAGCACCGGACUGCCCGCGUCGAGUCAUAGUGCUGUGGACCAUCUGGACGAUCACAAAGAGCGAGUCAUGGGGGAGACGCAAGCGGUGCGCCGUAUGGACCCGAAUGGCGCCCAGCAUAUCAACAUGCAGCCGCCGACAAUGGUGCCAGCUUACGCCCAGGCAGGCCGGCAACCGAUGUCGUCAAUGGAGUCGUCCAGACGAGGAGGGUACCGAUAUUCGCGGCGCUUCGGCCGCGUUGGAACAGACAUGACAGAGAGGUCGGCUGCGACCGAGGAUCUCGAGGUUGGCAAUGGAUUUGGCAUGUAG